AAUCCCCCAGGCUCCCACUCGAGGGCAUUGCUGAAAUCUCAGGCUUCUUACUCCUCUUACCAUCAUUGUUAAUCAUCAUUCAUCAUUGUGUUGAGACCAACUCGCAGUCUCAGUAUAUCGUAAAGAAUACGCACGAGCUUUUGACACCUCCCUGUCAAUUAAGCCCAAAGCUACUGUGGGAACAAAGCCAAGCAGUUCCCAAUUGAGCUUGAAACCACUCCAGAGAUUGGUGGAAUCGGUGUGGUAGCUCAGCAUCCAGGUUGUCUGCUUCUUGAGUCGACUCGGAGCUGGCAACAAAGCAAGUCAUAUCAAUCGAUUGUGUGGCGAGGCGAAUCGAAUUGGCUGUGCUACUGGAAUCCAAAGAGCAAUUAAUUGUCAAAUCAAUUGAGAAAAAAGAAGAGAAAAGGGAGAAGUUGUGAUAUGAACUCAUAGCCAACAACACGAGCAACCAGUAUCAAUCAACAAACAACUCAACAUCAAUUCGACAGUAUGGCUUGGAACUCUGCCGCGAUGCCAAUCCAGGGGUUCACCGUCUUCCAGACUGCGCCGGGCGCCGUUCUGUCGUUUGUUCCCGCCAUGGGUACCGCCGAGCUUGACCAGCUCAUCGACGCUUAUGUCCUCCAGGCCGCCACGAUCCAGGAGAAGCGUGCCAUUGUCAGCAUGGAGUUCUUCACCCACAACGCCAUGACCAACCAGACACAUCUCUUCUUCCCGGUCAACAACCCCUUCAACUACGUGGCUGCGGUCACCGGCUCUCCGGCCUCGAGCCUCGGCGACUCCGGCUACGGCUCUUCGUUCAACGUCUCUCCUGUGACGCAGGAGAGCUUGACUCCCGUCUCCUCUGCUCCCGCGACUCCAGUCACUGCUCUGCAGCCAACAAUGAGCACACAGCGCAAGAGCCGGGUGUCGAAGCCCAAGGCAAAGACUACCAAGAAGUCUGCCUCGGCUGCCUCUCGCGCCUUUGCGCACGACUUCACCGGUAUGCCGGGCAUGCAGAUUCUGACCAAAGACGGUGUAGAUGUGACCAAUUCGGCACGGGGAGGAAAGACAAAAGAGGACCGUGAGCACGCACACUUGAUCCGCUUGCUCAAGUCUUGCCCGACCUGCAAGAAGAAGAAGAUUCGCUGCGAUCCUUCUCACAAGCGGGAUCUCCCCUCAAAACCGGCCGUCGCUGAGGCUCAGUCGGCAGUGAAGUCAAGGACUGUUGCCGCACCAUCUCCAGCAUCAUCCCAGGCCAGCAUCGAUGCCGCACAAGCCACGAAUGCAUUGAAAAUUGCACAACCGGCCGGAGAAUUUAUGGACUCGUUAGACUUCGACUUCGGUCUCGACGUCACCGACAUCGAAAACUUCUUGAACUUGGGAGCAGAGGCCACUCCUAACAUGGACUUUAGCUUCACCAUGGACGAGCAGGCCUUGUUCACCCCGGCCACCCCUACCACGAUGUCGCCUGUUCUUCGUAACUACGCCAGCUUCUCGCCGGCACAGUCGCUUAUGAUAGCAAAUGCUGUCACCGCCGGCGGCGACCAGGCAGCUCAGCUUCCGUACCUCCAGUCAGAGGGACACGCCGACAACUAUGUUGACUUUACGCUAUUCUCGCCGGCCGCGAGCCCGCUCGGCGAGGAGCCACGGGAGAUGCGCUCGGCGCACCCCUCGCCCAUCGAAGAAGAUUCGCAGCGGUCAGAUAGUCCUCGUCAACGUGGCUCUGGCCUCUCUGAGAGGAUAAGGUCUGCAUGCGGGGUUGUUGGUAGGGAACGGUCACCACUGUCUCCUGUUCUCCCCCAGAAUGUUCUUCCUUUUGUCAACUUCCUUGCCGUAGGCCCAGAAACCGGGCACAACCUAGUAGAUAGUACUGCCGACAGCAUUCGCGUAGACCUUGCUGAUGGAGGGGUCCGCCACGGAGGAACAGAUCACGGCGGCUCAGGUCUUGGGGGUACAGAUCAUGGCGGUUCAGGUUAUAGCGGGGGAGAACUUGUCGGCGGGGCCAGAGCCAUACCACAAGGACUCGGACUCCCUCUCGAUAGGAUCAAACCUCAGCAAGGGGGCGCCUCUCGGGGCGGCGUUCACACCGGGGUUACCGUCGCAGGCGAAAAACAGUCGCAGCCGGUCCACUCAACGAAGCCUCAACACGUUGCCUGGACAUCGACAGACGGCACUCGCCCCUCGAAUACCAUCGCACCGGCAGACCAAUCACAGUCGCCCCUGUCAACGCAGCUUCAACGCGUUGCCGGGGCCUUGGCUGGUGGUGCUCUUUCGACGAAUGCUACUGCAGGCGAAGACCACACAUCGUCGGCACAACAGUCAGCGCAGCUUCAACGCGUUGCCUUUGCCUCGACGGAUGGCGCUCACCUGGCGGGUACCGGCAAGGAACAAUCGCGGUCGCCCCUGUCAACGCAACGCCAACGCGUUGCCAGGACCUCGGCUGUGCUGCAACUCCAGCAACAACUCGAGCAACAACAAACUACUCAGCCCCACGACCAGCAGUCAUGGUCCAUUAGUAGCGGCUCCAUUAUCAGCGGCUCGAGCCUAAAUAUUCGCCCGGCAGCAUCAAACACGAACACGCCGACUGUUGAAGUCAAGUCAACAGCACCCGAGCAACGGGUGCUGAACACCUCGACGAUGAAACAGAUUUCGAGAACCUCCAACGUCGCAGCAUUGACAGAAGCUGCUACCCAGACUCGCAUCGGCGGACAAUCUUGGACGCAAUCCGCGCCGCUUUCGUCAAGAAAUACACACAAUGUCGACACCGAUCCUCAAGAUCGGCCCGACAUUUCGAUUCGUGCUCCGGUCGCGGAUGAUGCACAGGUCGUUUAUUCUCUGGGCGUCGCUGGAACAGAGCGUCACCGCCGUCGCGAGGACUCCACCCAGCAAAUCGAGGCAGUAGCCAGAGGCGUGCAGCAGCGCGUCUCAACUACAGCAGCCUCGACGGCCUCGGCCAAACCUAGCCUGGUUGGCAUGCCUCAGUCGCCAGAUCGACGACCCGCGCCCUGUCCACCGCCACAUGUACUUGUUCCAUCCCAGAGUGCCGUGGUCGGCUCAAGUGGCCUGGAUAAGAUCGAAGGCUCUGUGGCGACGAGGUCUCAAGUUUCGUCUGCCAUGAAGCCUGUCGUGAACAGGACAGAGACCGACGGCUCCGCGGCGGCGAGGAAGCGAUCCUCGUCUGUCGAGAAGUCUGUCGUGAAGACGACGAAGACGACACCGAUCUCGUCACCCACGAACGUGACCAUGACUUUGGGCAAACUCAGGACAGCCGCUGUAUCACCUCAAGAUGCAGUGUCCAGUCUCCUACUGGCCGUCGGCGCAGUUCUCAUGUUCGCGGCAGCCCUCCAGCAUCUGCAUGAUACAACUUUUACCAUGUCGAAGAUCGCCCUGUCAAUCUCACCCCUAGUACUUCGACACAUGAUGCCCGCCCUGCCAUCGCCGUCUUCGGCAUCGUCGCUAUUAUCCAGCAUUCGAAAAGAAGCAUCCACACGCGUCCAGCGACCUGCUGCACUGUGUGUCUUGGGCUAGGCGAUCUUGAGGUCCAGUGAGGAUCUCAUGAAUUACAGGCUGGACUUCAGAGUGUAUUUUAAACAUAGGGUGGGGAGAUUUAUGCAUGGGGUUCUUGCCUCUUUUCUUUAUCACUUGGUACGACCAACUUACGAUUUGUAUUUAGCGAUUCAUGAUGCGUUGCUUGCCACUUGCUUGAAGCAAACAGGCUUUUUCUGUAUAAAAACAGAUAUUGUAAUACACUACAAUACGUGUAAACAAGCAUGACAGGUGAUAAUCCUGAAAAAAAAACAAUGCUCAAUGACCGUCUCGACGAAAAGUGAAGUUUGCAAACAAACGAUGCACGCAAAUCAGGGUCACC